AUGAUAGCCAGUUUUGGAUGCAUGGCGGCCGUGGUCACCAUCCUCGCCAGAAUGCAAUCGCAGCCGUUAUCCCACUGGACUUUUUUGAUAAGUCUCAAUGCGACGAUUGCUACCUUUAUCACGGCUGCCAAGUCUAUGGCCUUGUUAGUCCUCGCUGCCUGCAUUGCCCAAUCAAAGUGGAUUCUUUUCAAGUCGUCGGCCAGAAAACUACGCGAGCUCGACUUGUUUGAAGAUGCCAGUCGCGGUCCUUUGGGCUCCCUAAUGCUUCUUUUACACGUCCGUUGGAGGCUUGGAAUCGCAAGCAUUGGUGCUAUUGCUACUGUCCUCGCUCUGGGAGUCGACACAUUCGCCCAACAGGUCGUUGGGUUUGAUACCCGUGAGGUCGAGAUCUACGACCGGGGUGCCUCCUUUGGCCUUAGCCGCAUUUAUAAUGGCAGCUCGGAAGGCAUUUUCAACAUUACUGCAACACCUUUCUUCAAAUGUCAUUCUAAAUGCGUUUGGAAGGAAUCAUAUGUAUCCCUUGGUUUUGUCAGUAAUUGCGCAGACGUUACGGUCGCCACCCUGGCGAGCAAUAUCACCAGAAAUGACGCCCAGUACUAUGACCACGAUAAUUGGAUGACAACCCCGGGAAAUAUUUCAAUAUAUGCCCACUUCUCCCAGACAAGUGAAGCAACGAAGGUAAAUGUCGUUGCAGUCAGUCUCGUGCCCAAUGCGGCCGGUGGGCAACCCUUCGCUCCCGAGUUUGUCCGGAUCGCAGUUGUGCGAUCGUCGGAAUCCUAUAUGGGAGAACCACAGGUUUUUAGAGACACGUUGGAAGUAGUAGAGUGCACUGUCAGUUUAACGGCAUACACUUACUCAGAUAUGUCUGCGUCUGGUAAUCAGUUAAACAUCAAGUCAAAUCCGACCCCUCUCCAACCAGCGCCGUCUUUCAGGAUGUUGGUCUUCAACCAAACCGGAUUACCGAUCCUACAGUCUACAUCCGCAGAUAUAAUCGCGCUGGUUCAGCUUUUCACAUCACCCCGUUUCAGCGGAGAAAUUCGCGAAGGAGAAACCUCGACUACGCCACCUCAAGGCAUAGGGCUUUCACUACGGAAUGGAGACAUCUCGAAGGCGUUUGAAAACAUGGCGCACAGCAUGACCGAGCAACUCCGAUCGAGCAACGAUGUCGCGGCUUAUGGGUUGACUGUGACCUCAAUCGUGUUCGUGCGCGUGCGGUGGGCUUGGCUGGCUUUUCCUUUUGGCAUUUUGGCUGCAUCUGCGCUGCUUCUUUUUGCUACCGUAAUCAACAAUUGUAAUCACAAGUGUCAUCUCUGGAAAUCUUCCAUGGUUGCAAUACUGUACCAUCAAGUGGUCAUUCAGGAGGAUGCUAAAGGAGUGCUUCACACUGAUAUGCAGAGUCUGGAACAAUUGAAAGCAUUGGCGAAUGGGACAAAAGCAAGGCUAGAGUGA